AUGAAAGCUCCCGCCCAAGCGCGUCAAGUGACGGCCGUCCCGGGGGACUGGAGGCGGGCGCCCCAGGGUGGGCCGCAGCCCGCAGCGCCGACCCUCUCCGCCCCCCGAGGCGCGCGUUCUGGCCGCCGCGUCGAGCUCAAUCAAGCCCGGUCCUCCGAGGCGCCCUCGCCCCGCCCCUUUUGGACCAGCGUGAAAACCCGGCCGGGUGGAUCGCGCGGGGGCCCGGCGGCGCGCCCCCCGCCCGCGGCGCCGUGCACGCCGGCCGCCGGGCUGCAGCGCCCGAGUGGAGUCCCGCACGGCGGGCGCUUCCCCCCUGCGAGUGGGCGGGCCCGAGCAGGCCGAGGAGCGCUCAAAAGGAGGUGGAGGGAUACGAGCGCGGCCGGAACUACUUUCGCGGGGUCACGUGGGCGCCUAGUUGGGGAACUUUCCAAAUUCCCACUCCCCUGUGAGAGCUCCCGGGGCAAGUGCUUCGCUCCCCGCGCCCGGGUCGCUCCCGCCCCGCGCGGGCGGCGGGACCCCGGAGCCUUCCCGGUGGCGGCGGACAGGCAGGCUCAGACGAGCCUUCCGCCCGAGCGCUGGCGGGGUUGGCGCCCGGGGAGCUGGUUACACAAGUACCCACAUCCAAGCACGUGCCCCCGCCUUCCCUCACGCUGGCGGCCGCCGCUGACUCUUGCAGACCAGGGAGCGAGAGUUCCCCAGCGGUGGUCCCACCGCCCCCUUGCUGCCCACGAGAGCGAGCCGAAGGGCUGA